CUUUUAUGUAUGAAUCUCUUAACUCACAUUUUGAUCAUUCUGCCGCUUAGUGUCAAUGUACUUUGCAUUUCCCAAUGUAAUAUUCCUCAUUAGACCAUUACUUUGGGGCCUAUGUAUUAUGCUGUGUAAAAUGAAAUUCUCAGAAAAAAACAGUGUACAAAACUGUGUAAAAUAAAUAGAGAAGUUUGCCGUUCAAAUGCCAGAUUUGAUGAUGUUUUUAUGUGGUGAAGCCUGGCAAUGCGUGGAGAAUAUUAUCAGAGUUUUUACACUGCAUAAUAAAUCUGCCCCUAAGUGUGCCCUUCUGGAAUCACACACAGCUUUAAUGUUAAAUGUGCAGAAAAAUCUUGCCUCACAGAAUGUUAAUAUGCAGUUACAUUUAUUAUAAGUUAAAAUGUUAGUGCAGCCACAAUCCACCCAUGAAAUAGACAAAUGUAUGAAAACUGGAUCUCAUUUGUGCCUGGAAAUACGCUUUUCAUUGACUUCCUGCUGCCGAUGCCAGUUUGUAGUAUUUUAUUUCAGGAGCGCCAGACUUUUGUUUCAGGCUGCACGAACAAAUGACUGCUUGGCUAUGGAGCGACUGCUGAAAAGUAAACACGCUGAUCCUUUUGCUAGAGGAAGCCUGGGAGAAACAAUCCUUCAUAUUGCCGUACUCAAUGGAAAGAGAGAACUCGCCAAAGUCAUAUUAGAAAACGUCCCGACCUUAGUUAAUAAUGCCAUGACCUCAGACAUGUACAAAGGUGAAACUGCUCUUCAUAUAGCUAUCUUGAAAGAAGAUAUAGAAUCUGUUAAACUGCUGCUAAAGUAUGGUGCCGAUGUUAUCAACGCCAGAGCCACCGGAACCUGCUUUGUCCCUGGAAAGAAGAGCCUGUGCUACUUUGGAGAAUAUCCUCUAUCAUUUGCGGCAUGUACAGGACAUAAGGAAAUUACAAAACUCAUUCUGGUGGAUCAUAAUGCCCCUGUGAAUGCUCAGGAUUCUUUAGGUAACACAGUGCUCCAUAUCCUGGUCCUGCAGCCAAAUAAAGAACUGGCCUGUCUUAUGUAUGAAAUGAUCUUAGCACUCGUGCCGCUCAAGGAUUCUCACUGCGUAGAACACCUACAAAAUAACGAUGGUUUCACUACAUUAAAUUUGGCAGCCAACGAGGGAGACAUGGAAAUGUUCAACUACCUUAUUAAGAAGCAAAAGGCCAUAUACUGGACUAUUGGUACAGUUUCAUACAGCAUUUAUAACCUAACUGAUAUUGACACAUGGGAUACCGAAAGAUCUGUGCUGGAUAUUAUUACAUCCAAUAAAAGCUCCAAGGUUUGUAAACUCAUUGAUGUAACACCAAUCAAAGAAUUGCUCAAUCUCAAAUGGAAGUUGUUUGGACGUAAAAACUUUCUAAUAUGGAUGAUCAGCUACCUUCUCUACAUGCUUGUAUUUACCACUGUUAGCAUGUUCCGACCUUUCAACACUGUAACCACUAACCAGUUUAAUAACACUCAUGUAACUGUAUUGGAUUCAUAUCAGUGUAAAGGGGACUUCUUGAGACUGACGGGGGAGCUCAUUACACUAUUGGGAGCACUUGUAAUAUUCAUCAGUGAGAUACCACUGCUCAUUAAACUAGGCCCCAAAAUAUACAUUGGAAAUGCAUCCACUGGAGGACCAUUUUCCUUGCUAAUGGUGGGAUAUUCCAUAUUAAUUUUUUCUGCUGCAAUUUUGAGAGUGUUAUGCCACGAAGGGGAAGUAAUUCCACUUUCUCUUGCUUUGAUAAUUGGAUGGUGUAAUUCAAUCUAUUUUGCUAGAGGAUUUAAAAUGCUGGGCCAGUUUUCAAUAAUGAUUCAAAAGAUAAUAUUUGCAGACCUUUUCCCCUGGUUCUGCCUGGUGUUUAUUAUUAUUGUUGGCUUUAGCUCAGCCUUCUAUGUCAUGUGUCAGACGCUGGAACUUGACAGCAAUUCUCACCUAAAGGACUAUCCUAUGACAAUUUAUGCCGCAAUUGAAAUGAUGAUGGGACUGAGUAGUUUUCCCUUUCCAAUGGACAAAGCGCCUCCUUUUCUCUAUAUCACAUACACUGUGUACAUGGUGUUUGUUUACCUACUCAUGACAAACAUGCUUAUUGCCAAGAUGGAAGACACAUUCUGGCGAAUAGCGCAUGAGAGGGAGGUAUUGUGGAAAAUACAGAUUGCAGCUACCAUUCUCCUCCUCGAGCGCCAUAUCCCAAGAUGCCUAAAGACACGAUCUGGUAUUUCUGGCAAAUCUUUGGGCCUGGAUGAUGACAAGUGGUACAUUGGGGUUGAAGAAAUCUUGAACGAAAACGCUCCUGAAAACUCCCAAGCAGCAGUUAAGCCGACCCAGCCCUACCUUUGUUGGGAUAUCACCAGAAAAAGUAUCUCAUGGAUCAUCAACAUGAAAGAUUCUUCAGAUGCACCGGCAUGAAACAGUCGUGCAAUUAGCAGCACUGGGAAGGGAAAUGAAAUCUAUGCUACAUUAGACUUACAAUUUCAGCACAUAUUCUUUUUUUACAUGAAUCAAAGAGAUGGAAAUUGUUCUUUAUAUAUUUUAUAUUUUUUUUCUCAGCAAGAGAUCGGCAUAGAAUUCACAGUGACUAUAUCGCUAAAGAAUAGAAUGUAUCAUGUCCAAGUUCUUCGGCAGGGGUGCCCUGUCAACACGUGAGCUGUUUACGGUGGCACAUAUAUUAAUCUCCUCAAGGCUACAUUACUGCAGUGCACUCAGUGUUUGGAUGCUCUUGUAACUCAUUUGCAGGCUGGAGCUGAAUUCUAAAAUGAGAGACUGCAGUUCUAAAGGGAAUUAAUCAACAAGAGUCAUUCAGUGGCACAGAACGAGUCGAGCAAGUGGAGGGCGGUGAGCUGGUUUAUAUAGGGAAGGAUAUUGAUUCUGGCAGAACUGACAUAUCCACCCAUUUUUGCCCUUCAUGCCUAUGGGGUGCUGUUUGUCCGGAGUACAUUUUGUCUACAAAUAUACAUUCUGUAUACAGAAAACAAUCCCCAGUACACAGAAUGAAUG